GUGAAUUUGUCUUCGUCUUCCUCCAUUUCGAAUUUUGUGGUUUCCUCCCCAUUCCCUCCCCGGCUCCCUCUCCAGCCGCUCGCUUCGAUUCGCUUCAGCUCUGCCUCCCCGUCUCAUGGCCACCUCCCAGCCCACGCCUCGCGACGCCUCCCCAGCCCGCUGCUGACUGCGCCGAUUCACCCACCCACAGUCGGCCGUCAGGCAACCCUAGCGCCGCCGAUCCGCCGCUCCGGCGAGAUGCCGGUGGGCCCCAUCGCCGCCGCCGUCUAUGGAGAACAGGGAUAGCUUCCCUCGGCCCCCAGCGCCCUCCUACGCCCCCGCAACCAGAGCCGUUAAGGGCAUCGCGGUCCCUGCCGGCGGGGACACGGCCGCCACCAAGCUGACGUCGUCGUCGGGGUCGUCCUCGUCCCUCACGCUCUCCCCUCCCCGCUUCAUGCAAGAGCUUCAUGCGGCUGUCAAGCGGCAGAGGCCUUUCGGUCCAAUGCAGUCUAAACUUCCAAGAGCAACACGGGUCCUGGUUUCCGGAGGUGAGUGUGGAAAUAAAGUUGGUGCCAGCGCUUCUGUUGCGAAACACCCUGAACAAAAAGUUACGCAGACUCAGAGAGGCCUAUUGGUACCCUCUAGGUUGCCAAAUGCGACGCCUGAUCAAAGCACUCCUAAAUUAGGGUCCUCUACCCCAGAUGAGUUGAUGUUGACAUCUUCCUCGUCAGUGUUGAAAGGCACCAUUGAUACCCAUGCACAAAGUGUUGGCCAGAAGAAUAAUGAGGCUAAUCUGUUGAUUGAUACGGAGAAGUCAGCUCUGGAAGCUUUGCCAUCUCAAACUACGUCAUGCAAUGCAUUGAUUGGGGAAAGUUUCAAGAAAGGACAGCUUGAUUUGGAUGGUAAUCCACAGUUGACGUCACAAAGUGAUAAUAUAGGCAUCACUGUUGAUAGUAGAAUGGACAGUAUGUUGUCUUAUCUACAUGAUGUUUCAUUGACGGCAGGAGACAAUUUUCCUGCAAAUCAAGGAGCUCAGUACGAUCACCAGCAGAACCAUCAGGAGCUUGAAAUUGUUGGUGCGCCUAAUUUGUCUCGGAGAGGGAUCGAUGAGGCUCGUAAUCACAAUCAUGGAGAGCCAAUGACUCGUUUCUCUGCCAUUGGGUCAUCUGUCACUGCCAUUUCUCUACACUCAGGGCCUACUGUCCAAAGUUCACAAACUCCGCAGGUUAGCAGAUACACUUCACCAGUGCAGAUGCCAGAAUCUGCUGUAGAAUCAUCCAAGGGUGUACUGGGCCAUGGUUCUCAAAAGGAGCACGGUGGUGCAACUGGUGUCGGUGAUUGGAAUCCCCACAACCAGCAGGUUCAAAAUCUAGGCAAUGGUGCCACGGACAAAGCUGUUUCCAGCAUUGGCAGAUUGCGUUCCGAAGGAUUACUUGCAAAUGAUCAGUCUACAUCUGCCAGGGAUGGUGGUGCUUCCCAACCAAACAAGGGUCAGAAGGAGCGCCACAAAAAGAAUUAUGAUCCUAAUGUUUUCUUUAAGGUGAAUGGGAAACUUUAUCAGAAACUUGGUAAAAUAGGAUCUGGAGGUAGCAGUGAAGUUCAUAAAGUCAUAUCAUCAGAUUGCAUAAUAUAUGCCUUGAAAAAGAUCAAGCUUAGAGGCCGUGACUACCCUACUGCAUAUGGGUUUUGUCAAGAAAUUGAGUACUUAAAUAAGUUGAAAGGAAAGAGCAAUAUCAUUCAGAUGAUUGAUUACGAGGUCACUGAUAAGAGUUUACUUCUAGAAAGUUCUGUGCCACCCAGGGAUGGAAGAAUUAAGGAUGAUCACUUUAUUUAUAUGGUCCUGGAGUAUGGUGAAAUCGACUUGGCUAACAUGGUUGCUCUGAAGUGGAAAGAGAGACACAACUGUAAUAUGAAAAUUGAUGAAAAUUGGCUACGCUUUUAUUGGCAGCAAAUGCUUGAAGCUGUCAGUACAAUACAUGAGGAACGAAUAGUCCACUCGGAUUUGAAGCCUGCAAACUUUAUGCUUGUGAGGGGCUCUCUUAAACUAAUCGACUUUGGCAUUGCCAAGGCUAUAAUGAAUGAUACAACAAAUAUUCAACGUGAUGCUCAGGUAGGGACUCUGAACUACAUGUCACCUGAAGCAUUCAUGUGCAAUGAUACGGACUCGGGUGGUAAUGUUAUCAAGUGCGGGCGCCCCUCUGAUAUUUGGUCUCUUGGCUGUAUACUUUACCAGAUGGUGUAUGGUAAGACACCAUUUGCAGACUACAAGACUUUCUGGGCCAAAUAUAAAGAAGUCACUGAUAGGAACCACAAGAUCAUGUAUGAACCAGUUGACAACCCAUGGCUAAUUGAUUUGAUGCAAAGGUGUCUCGCCUGGGACCGAAAUGAACGAUGGAGGAUACCUCAACUUCUCAAGCACCCAUUCCUCAAUCCGCCAGUUCCAAAGGAUCUACCGCCCUCUGACAAUGAUCCAUGUAGGUUGCUCAUGGAGAGGAUCAGAGUCCACUGGGAUAAUCCGGUGGUUCAAAAAUUCCAUAGUUUAAUUCAAGAACUCGAUGGGGAUCAGUAGAAAUGGGUUUUUAACGAUCUUGAUAGAUACUCGAUCUAGGGCCUGGGUAGUGGUGGCACUAGUGUUUUUGUUUCUGUAUCGUUCCUGAUUGAUAGGUUAUCUGUUGUAAUUUGUAAAUAGAGUAGCGGCAUUGGUUGAAGACGUCGGAGCAUAUUUUGAUGGUGCCCUGGCAUUUUUUGCUUCCUGGUGUUUGGAGGUUGCUGUAAGACUUUGUCAGAAAUGGCAGGUAGUUAACGUCUGUCAUUGUUCGUUUGGAUGAUAAGUCAUGGCAGAAAGUACUGUUGGCUGAUUUGUUGUGAGAGAAAAACACUGUUGAAUUUCUGUCAGAUUCGGCUGAUAAGCUUAGGUGUAAAUAGCUGAACCAAUUAGUACUCAAUGGUCAGUGAGAAUCGUCCAGUUUUGAACUGCGAAUGUGAAUCUGGUUUGCACC